AUGGGGCUAAGAGCAGCCAGCCUCUUCCUCCUCUGGCUGGCUCUUUCCUCUGCUAAUGAAAUAAGAAAAGGAAGGACAAGAAGCCAUGGCCACUAUGUCUGCAGCACUUGGGGAAACAACCAUUUCAAAACUUUUGAUGGAGACGUUUACCAAUUCCCUGGCGUUUGCGAGUAUAAUUUUGUUUCUGACUGCCGAGAGGCGUACAAGGAAUUCUCUGUCCACAUCCAGCGGGCUCUCAACAGCGAUGGCCAUCCUGAGAUCCAGUAUAUUCUGAUGAAAAUCAAGGAUAUAAUGGUCUACCUCAAACCAAACCUGGUUGUGGUGGAUGGGCGGAUUGUGAAGACACCUUACUACACCUCUGGUGUCCUCAUUGAGAGCAAUGAAAUUUACACCAAGAUUUAUGCCAAAUUAGGCAUGGUCCUGAUGUGGAACCAGCAGGAUGCCCUGAUGGUGGAGCUGGACAACAAAUUUAACAACCAUACCUGUGGUCUCUGUGGGGAUUACAAUGGAAUUCAAAUUUACAAUGAGUUUAUCAACGGAGAUACAAGCUACAACUCAAUUACAUAUGGGAAUAUGCAGAAGAUCAGCAAACCCAAUGCCAGAUGUGAAGAUCCAGAUGAAACUCAAGCUCUUCCAAGUUGUAAUGAGCAUCGUGACGAGUGCCAGAAGCUGCUGACUUCUCCUGCAUUUGCUGAUUGUCGGUUACGGCUUAAUUUGGAAAUGUACAUCCAAGCCUGCAUGCAGGACAAGUGUGCCUGUAAUGGGAAGCAGGACUCCUUCUGCCUCUGCAGCACCAUCUCCGAGUAUUCCCGCCAGUGUUCACAUGCCGGAGGCCGCCCAGGAGAAUGGAGGACACAGGACUUUUGCCCCAAGAGCUGUCCUGCUACCAUGGUCUACAGAGAAAGCAGCUCACCCUGCAUGGAUACUUGCUCACACUUGGAGAUCAGUAGCCUUUGUGAGGAGCACUACAUGGAUGGCUGUUUCUGCCCUGAAGGAACUGUGUAUGAUGAUAUCAGUGGAAAAGGCUGCAUCCCUGUUAACCAGUGCCACUGCAAACUCGGUGGAAAGACAUAUGCACCUGGAGAAAGCAUUUCCAAAGAAUGUGAAGAAUGCACCUGUGAUUCAGCCAGAUGGACCUGCAAAGAUUUACCCUGUCCAGGCACAUGCUCAGUGGAAGGAGGUUCCCAUAUUACCACCUUUGAUGGGAAGAAAUACACCUUCCAUGGAGACUGCUACUAUGUGUUGGCCAAGGGUACUGCAAAUGAAAGUUAUGCUCUCCUGGCAGAGCUGGCUCCCUGUGGCUCCGCAGACAAACAGACCUGCUUGAAGACUGUUGUGCUAUUGGUGGAUAACAAAAAGAAUGUGGUGGUUUUCAGAUCAGACGGCAGCGUGCUCCUGAAUGAGAUGACAGUGAAUGUACCUCAUGUGUCAGCCAGCUUCUCAGUAUUCAAACCAUCUUCCAGCUACAUUGUUGUACAAACUUCUUUUGGGCUUCAGAUGCAGAUCCAGCUGCUUCAAGUCAUGCAGCUGUUUGUGACUGUGGAUCAAUCAGUUAAAGGAAAACUUCAAGGUCUUUGCGGAAACUUCAAUGGAAUGGAAGGAGAUGACUUUAGAACAACCAGUGGGCUGAUUGAAGCUACAGGAUCUGCCUUUGCUAACACGUGGAAAGCCCAGUCCACCUGCGCAGACCAGGCAGAAAAGCUGGAAGACCCCUGCAGUCUUAGCAUUGAAAGUGCAAAUUACGCUGAGCAUUGGUGUUCUUUGCUGAGAAACCCAAAAGGUCCUUUUGCAAGAUGUCACCUAGCUGUUGAUCCUUCAGAAUACUAUAAGAAAUGUAAAUAUGACACCUGCCUCUGUGAAGACAAUGAAGAAUGUUUGUGUGCUGCCCUGUCCUCUUACUCAAGAGCCUGUGCUUUCAAAGGGAUCAUACUGGGAGGCUGGAGAAAGAACGUCUGCAGUAAAGAAGCAUCUUCUUGCCCAGGAAAUCAAGUCUUCCUUUACAACCUUACAAUGUGCCAGCAAACCUGUCGUUCCCUUUCUGAUGGUGAAAAGUAUUGCUUGCAAGACUUUGCUCCUGUGGAUGGCUGUGGCUGCCCAGCCAAUACAUACUUGGAUAACCAGGAUAACUGUGUGACCAUCUCCCAGUGCCCAUGUUAUUACAAGGGAUCAUACCUGGAACCUGGGCAAUAUUUCACAAAAGAUGGAGAACGUUGUGUUUGCCGAAAUGCAAAGAUCCAGUGCACUUCAGUGAAAAUAAGAAUGAAAAGUGAAAACGAAUGUUCUUCUAACAAGACAUUCUUCGACUGCAAUGCAUUCUCGAAGUGGACUUCGCAAACACCUCUACAACUCAGCUGUCAUACUCCUCAAACUGAUCAUUUCCAGACAGAAUGUAUCUCCGGCUGUGUGUGUCCUGAAGGUCUGUUUGAUGAUGGCAGAGGGGGCUGUGUUGAGCAAAAAGAUUGCCCAUGCAUUCAUAACAAUGAGUGGUAUUCUUCUGGAGACAAGAUAAAAGUGGACUGCAACACCUGCACCUGCCAGAAAGGGGUUUGGAAAUGCACCGAUGAUAUGUGCUAUGGGACUUGUACGAUCUAUGGAAGUGGCCAUUAUAACACUUUUGAUGGGAAAUUCUAUGACUUUGAUGGGAGCUGUGAAUAUGUGGCUACUCAGGACUUCUGUGGUGACAAAAAUUCCAGCGGUUCAUUCAGUAUCAUCACAGAGAAUGUCCCCUGUGGAACUACAGGAGUCACCUGCUCAAAGGCUAUCAAAAUAUUCCUAGGGAAAACUGAACUGAAAUUGGAGAACAAAGAGUACAAAGAAAUCCAGCGAGACGUUGGCGAUGAUGUGCAGUACUGGAACAGGACAGUCGGCCUGUACCUGGUUAUUGAGGCUAGCAAUGGUGUGAUGCUGAUCUGGGACAAAAAGACUACUGUUUUCAUCAAGCUGAGCCCUGAUUACAAAGGCAAAGUGUGUGGUCUGUGUGGCAACUUUGAUGACAAGGCAAACAAUGACUUUACAACAAGGAGUGGACUGCAGGAGACUAAUCCCCUGAAUUUUGGAAAUUCCUGGAAACUAUCUCCCAUGUGCCCAGAUGUCACACAAGAGAUUAAGCCCUGUGAUCUGAAACCACACCGGAAGUCCUGGGCAGAGAAAGAAUGCAGCAUCAUCCAGAGUGAAGUCUUCAAAAUUUGUCACUCCAAGGUGAACCCACUUCCUUUCUAUGAAGCUUGUGUUCAUGAUGCCUGCUCUUGUGACAGUGGUGGAGACUGCGAGUGCUUUUGCUCUGCAGUUGCAGCAUAUGCGCAAGAGUGCAUCAAGGCUGAGGCCUGUGUUUUCUGGAGAACUCCUGAUAUCUGCCCGAUAUUCUGUGACUACUACAACCCUCGCAAUGAGUGUGACUGGCACUAUGAGCCUUGUGGCAGUAAUAUCACAACCUGCAAGAUGAUCAAUAAUGUCAGCACCAACUUUACUGUACCACUACUGGAAGGUUGUUACCCCAGAUGCCCUAAGGACAAGCCUAUUUAUAAUGAAGAGACAAAGGAAUGUGUGACUGAAGAUCAGUGUGGAUGUUACCUGGAGGAUGGAACCCAUGUACCCCCCGGGCAAGAAGUACCCACAAAAGAAAACUGUACAAUAUGUGUCUGUGUCCCAUCAGGAUCCAUACAGUGUAAACCAGUCCCAGGUUGCCCUUGUGUCAUCAAUGGAACAAGUUAUGAAGUGGGUUCUACUGUGGGACAAGUACAGGAUGGCGACAUAUGUAUAACAUACAUUUGUGCAGAAAAUGGUUCUGUAGUUCCUGGUGAAGUCUAUCCUUGUCCAACGUCUUCACCUACAACCAUUUCAACCUCCUUCCCUUCCAGUACUCUUACCACCACCACCACAGUUUCCACUACAAGCCAUCCAGUAACUACAACUCCAUGCUUUGGACUAAUCUGUGAUUGGACUGAGUGGUUUGAUGUUAGUAAACCUGAUGAAGGUAGUGGUGACUAUGAAACAUAUGAUGAAAUUAGAAAACAUGGAUUCAAAAUCUGUACAGCUCCUGAAAAAAUUGAAUGCAGGGCUACGGAAAAACCUGAUGUGAGCUUAGAAGAACUUGGUCAGAAAGUAGAGUGUGAUGUUAAAUAUGGGCUAAUCUGUAAAAAUGAUGAGCAAGAUGUAACUAUGUGGCAACUUUGCUAUAAUUAUGAAAUCAGAGUAAACUGUUGUGAGUGGCAAGAAAUUCCUUGUGAGCCUGGAAUUACACCAACUCCAACUUCAACCACCACCAAGGCAACAAUACUCAGCACCAUUACAACCACGACUCCAACAGAAAUUACCACCGUGCCCGUGCAUGUCCAUUCCACGACAAGUACACCUCCACCCACACCGAGCACACCAGAAUUGAUGACUCCCUCCACACCAGUGACUCCCAGCCCUCCGAGCACAACAACCACUGUUACUGGAUCACCAACACCCACCUCAACUACUUCAAGCACAUCCUCACCAAAGCCAACAUACACCACCACCCUACCAACUCCAGGCACACCAAGCACAACAUCCCAUACACCAGAAUUGCCAACCUCUUCCACGUCACCUGAGACGCCCACCACCACUACCACCACCACCACCACCACCACCACCACCACUACCACCAGCACCAGCACCAGCACCAGACCUACGAUGACAACAACGACUGUUUCAACACCAACCAUCCCAACUCCUGGACCGUGUGAGUGCGAAUGGUCGGACUGGAUCGAUAUGACCUACCCAGAUGGUUCUGACAGGAACAGUGGUGACUACGAAACCUUUGAGAACAUUUGGAAGAACAACCCGUCCUGGGAGUGUGCGAAAGUUGAGAACAUUUCAUGCCGAGCAGAGAAAUUCCCUAACACUUCCAUUGCAGAUUUAGGGCAGAAAGUGGAAUGUAAUGUUAACGUAGGGCUCAUCUGUAACAACAAAGAUCAGCAGCUAGGAGGUAUAAUACCGAUGCCAGUCUGCCUCAACUACGAGAUCAGUGUCUGCUGCACACCUAACAAACCAGAGUGUCUUCCAACUCCAAGCACGCCGAGCACCCCAAGCACCACAAGCACCACAAGUUCCACAGCUUCAUCCACAACGAGCAGUGUGUCCCCUCCAAUAUCAACAACUGCUCCACCAACAACAGCAGGGGAGACUUCCAGCAGUACCACCCCUACCCCCACCACUACCACCACCACCACCACAAGACCACCCAGCACCACCACCAGCAGCAGCAACACCUCACAGAUAACACCUACUGUUCCUGUCUCAACAACACCCAUUUCAACUACUUCGAGCACAUCCACGGCCACACCAACAUACACCACCACUACCCAAACUCUAGGCACAACUCCAUCCACACCGAGCACACCAGAAAUGCCUCCUACUCCCACGCCAACAACACCUGGAACUCCCAUCACCACUGCCAGCACCACGAUGCCCCCCAACACCACCACCAGCAUCAGCACCCCUAGCACAACGACUGUUACUGGCUCACCAACAACCUCCUCGACUUCUUCAAGCACAUCCACACCCAUACCCGAAUAUACAACCACCCUACCAACUCCAGGCACACCUCCAUUCACACCGAGCACACCAAAAUCAACAACCAUUCCCUCAUCACCGGAGACUCCCAGCACCACCACCACCAGCCCUCCGAGCACAACAACUUCAACAACAACAACAACAACAACAACAACCGUUACUGGAUCACCAACAAGCAUCUCAACUCCAGGAAGCACACCGGAGAAGACCCCAAACACAGCAUUCACUACACCAGAAACGUCAACCAUUCCCGAGGUACUGGAGACUUCCACCAGCACUGCCAGCACCACAAUGCCCCCCAGCACCAGCACCAGCAUGAGCACCCCCAGCACGACAACUGUUACUGGAUCACCAACACCCGCUACAACUACUCCAAUCACAUCCACGCCCAUACCAACAUACACCACCACCACCGCAACUCCAGGCACACCUCCAUCCACACUGAGCACACCGAAAUCAACAACCAUUCCCUCACCACCGGAGACUCGCACCACCACUACCAGCCCUCCGAGCACAACAACCACUGUUCCUGGACCAACAACAACCAUCUCAACUCCUGGAAGCACACCUCCAUCCACACCGAGCACACCAGAAAUGCCUCCUACUCCCACGCCGACAACACCUGGAACUCCCAUCACCACUGCCAGCACCACGAUGCCCCCCAACACCACCACCAGCAUCAGCACCCCUAGCACAACGACUGUUACUGGCUCACCAACAACCUCCUCGACUUCUUCAAGCACAUCCACACCCAUACCCGAAUAUACAACCACCCUACCAACUCCAGGCACACCAAGCACAACAUCCCAUACACCAGAAUUGCCAACCUCUUCCACGUCACCUGAGACGCCCACCACCACUACCACCACCACCACCACCACCACCACCACCACUACCACCAGCACCAGCACCAGCACCAGACCUACGAUGACAACAACGACUGUUUCAACACCAACCAUCCCAACUCCUGGACCGUGUGAGUGCGAAUGGUCGGACUGGAUCGAUAUGACCUACCCAGAUGGUUCUGACAGGAACAGUGGUGACUACGAAACCUUUGAGAACAUUUGGAAGAACAACCCGUCCUGGGAGUGUGCGAAAGUUGAGAACAUUUCAUGCCGAGCAGAGAAAUUCCCUAACACUUCCAUUGCAGAUUUAGGGCAGAAAGUGGAAUGUAAUGUUAACGUAGGGCUCAUCUGUAACAACAAAGAUCAGCAGCUAGGAGGUAUAAUACCGAUGCCAGUCUGCCUCAACUACGAGAUCAGUGUCUGCUGCACACCUAACAAACCAGAGUGUCUUCCAACUCCAAGCACGCCGAGCACCCCAAGCACCACAAGCACCACAAGUUCCACAGCUUCAUCCACAACGAGCAGUGUGUCCCCUCCAAUAUCAACAACUGCUCCACCAACAACAGCAGGGGAGACUUCCAGCAGUACCACCCCUACCCCCACCACUACCACCACCACCACCACAAGACCACCCAGCACCACCACCAGCAGCAGCAACACCUCACAGAUAACACCUACUGUUCCUGUCUCAACAACACCCAUUUCAACUACUUCGAGCACAUCCACGGCCACACCAACAUACACCACCACUACCCAAACUCCAGGCACACCUCCAUCCACACCGAGCACACCAGAAAUGCCUCCUACUCCCAUGCCAACAACACCAGAAUUGACAACCACAUCACGAGAGACUCCCAGCACCACCACCACCACCUCUCUGAGCACAACAACCAGUCUUAUUGGAUCACCAACACCCACCACAACUACUUCAAGUACAUCCUCUCCCUCACCAACAUACACCACCACCCUUCCAACUCCAGGCACACCUCCAUCCACACCAAGCACACCAAAAUCAACAACCAUUCCCUCACCACCGGAGACUCGCACCACCACCACCAGCCCUCCGAGCACAACAACCACUGUUCCUGAACCAACAACCAUCUCAACUCCUGGAACCCCACCUACAAAGACACCAAGCACACCAAAAUCGACAACAACUCCCUCGCCACCAGAGACUCGCACCACCACCACCAGCACCCCAACAACAACCACUGUUACUGGAUCACCAACACCCACCUCAACUACUUCAAGCACAUCCUCACCAACGCCAACAUACACCACCACCCUACCAGCUCCGGCCCCACCUUCAUCCACACCAAGCACACCAGAAUUGACAGCCACUACCUCGCCAGCAGAGACUCCCACCAGCACCCCAACGACAACAACCACUGUUCCUGGAUCACCAACACCCACCUCAACUACUUCCAGCACAUCCUCACCAACACCAACAUACACCACCACCCUACCAACUCCAGCCCCACCUUCAUCCACACUGAGCACACCAAAAUCAACAACGACUUCUUUGCCAUCAGAGACUCCCACCAGCACCCCGACAACAACAACCACUGUUCCUGGAUCAACAGCACCCACCUCAACUACUUCCAGCACAUCCUCACCAACACCAACAUACACCACCACCCUACCAACUCCAGCCCCACCUUCAUCCACACUGAGCACACCAAAAUCGACAACGACUUCCUCGCCACCAGAGACUACCACCACCACCACCACCACCACCACCUCUCCAAGCACAAAACCCACUGUUCCUGUUGGAUACCCAACUACCCCCUCAGCUUCUGGAAAUAUUACCAUCGUAACGCCCACAGGUCCACCCACAGAAGCAAUAAAAACAUCUGAACCAGAGAUUACGACAGAGACAAGCACUCCAGUUACUCCUUCAGUUACCCCACUGCCAACAACAAGAACGACAGAAAUAAGUACGGUGUCCACUGAAACCACCACUAGUCAACAGUCAACAGCACCAGUGUCAACAACCCCAGUGACAGCUACCACCUCUGAAGUCACUGAAACAGGAACAACCACCAAGACCACCACUUCAGGCCCCACACCCUCAAGAUCCACCAGCACCACACCAGUAGCAGAAACACCUGUCCAUGAGACCACUACCAGCAGGACCCCAAGCCCUCCAAUAGGAUCACCUACCACCAUUUCCAGCCCUGGUACCACCACAACCUCAGGACCAAGCAGCCCUACAGGAACACCACCAUCAGUAUCAACAACUCCAUUCACUGGAACCGCAUCAACCACCAAGACCACCACUUCAGGCCCCACACCCUCAAGAUCCACCAGCACCACACCAGUAGCAGAAACACCUGUCCAUGAGACCACUACCAGCAGGACCCCAAGCCCUCCAAUAGGAUCACCUACCACCAUUUCCAGCCCUGGUACCACCACAACCUCAGGACCAAGCAGCCCUACAGGAACACCACCAUCAGUAUCAACAACUCCAUUCACUGGAACCGCAUCAACCACCAAGACCACCACUUCAGGCCCCACACCCUCAAGAUCCACCAGCACCACACCAGUAGCAGAAACACCUGUCCAUGAGACCACUACCAGCAGGACCCCAAGCCCUCCAAUAGGAUCACCUACCACCAUUUCCAGCCCUGGCACCACCACAACCUCAGGACCAAGCAGCCCUACAGGAACAUCACCAUCAGUGUCAACAACUCCAUUCACUGGAACCGCAUCAACCACCAAGACCACCACUUCAGGCCCCACACCCUCAAGAUCCACCAGCACCACACCAGUAGCAGAAACACCUGUCCAUGAGACCACUACCAGCAGGACCCCAAGCCCUCCAAUAGGAUCACCUACCACCAUUUCCAGCCCUGGCACCACCACAACCUCAGGACCAAGCAGCCCUACAGGAACAUCACCAUCAGUGUCAACAACUCCAUUCACUGGAACCGCAUCAACCACUAAGACCACCACUUCAGGCCCCACACCCUCAAGAUCCACCAGCACCACACCAGUAGCAGAAACACCUGUCCAUGAGACCACUACCAGCAGGACCCCAAGCCCUCCAAUAGGAUCACCUACCACCAUUUCCAGCCCUGGCACCACCACAACCCCAGGACCAAGCAGCCCUACAGGAACAUCACCAUCAGUGUCAACAACUCCAUUCACUGGAACCGCAUCAACCACUAAGACCACCACUUCAGGCCCCACACCCUCAGUGUCCACUCCCACCCCCACCACAGUAGGAACAGAAAUAAGUACUCCAAUGACAACCUCUGCAACUGUUACUACUGCAACAAUAUCACCUGCAUCAACCAGCCCUGUAUCAACCACCACAUCUGGUACUACUCCAACAGAAAGCUUUACCACCACUUCAGGAACCACCUCUAGUAGUUUUAUCACGAUCAACACAACCACCACCUCCACCACCCUGAAAACCCUUCCCCCUGCGUCAACUACUACAUCUGGGUCUACUGCAACAUCAACUGCAGUCACCACUACAGGAAGUUCUACACACAGCACAAUGCCUCCAGUUAAUGGCACAAGUUCAACUACAGGUCUAAUACCAACCACUCCUAAAAAAACUUGUACUAUUUUCCCUAAUGAAUCUUAUGAGCAAGGUGACUCAUGGUGGCUCUGUAAUUGCACUAAAGCAAUAUGUAUAGAAGACAACAUUGUCCAGGUGAUUCCAGUAAUCUGCAAUCCACCUCCCAAACCAACAUGUGCCAAUGGACUGUCUCCUGUGCCAGUCAUUGAUGAGGAUGGAUGCUGUUGGCACUGGGAGUGUGACUGCUACUGCACUGGCUGGGGAGAUCCACAUUACAUGACUUUUGAUGGAUUGUACUAUAGCUAUCAAGGGAAUUGUACAUAUGUCCUUGUGGAAGAGAUCAAUAAGAAAGUUGACAACUUUGGUGUCUACAUUGAUAACUACCAUUGUGAUACACGAGAUGUAGUGUCCUGUCCUCGAACGCUCAUCGUGAGACACGAGACUCAGGAAGUGAGGCUAAGAACAGCACAACCAAAUACUCUACAAGUAGAGGUGACAGUAAACAACCAGCUUGUGGCUUUGCCUUACAAGAAGUUUGGUGUGAGCAUCUAUGAGUCAGGCAUAAAUCGUGUUGUGGAAAUUCCUGAGCUGAAAAUGAAUGUGACCUACAAUGGCUUGUCCUUUUCUAUCAGAAUGCCCUACAGCCUGUUUGGCAACAACACCCAGGGACAGUGUGGUACUUGCAAUAACAACACGGCAGAUGACUGCAUGCUGCCAGAUGGAAACAUUGCAGAAAACUGUGAAACCAUGGCAGAUCAUUGGCAAGUUGUUGAUCCUUCCAAACCACAGUGUUCUCCAGGCCUCGUUCCUACAGGUUCACCUAGCACAACACCAACACAGCCUUGCAAAGAAUCUUCCAUCUGUGAGCUGCUUUUGGGAAGUGUGUUCAAGCCAUGCCAUGCUUUUGUCCAGCCUGAAAAGUACUAUGCAGCCUGUGUUUUUGAUAGCUGUGUGCUUCCCAACAUGGACCUGGAAUGCUCAAGUCUGCAGAUCUAUGCUGCCACUUGUGCUGAUCAAGGCGUGUGCAUUGACUGGAGAAAACACACCAAUGGUGUAUGCACUCAUGAAUGUCCUCCAGGUAAAGAAUACAGAGCAUGUGGUCCGAUUAAAGAGAUGACCUGCAAAUCAAGAGGACAGAACGACACAUCAACUAAACAAGUGGAAGGCUGUUUCUGUCCUAAUGGAACCAUGCUGUAUGACUCUGGUGUGGAUGUCUGCGUGAAAACCUGUGGCUGUGUUGGAGUGGAUAUGAUACCAAGAGAGUUUGGAGAAAAGUUUACAGUGGACUGUCAGGACUGUAUUUGCCUGGAAGGUGAACAUGGCAUUGUAUGUGAGCCUCAUGUAUGUGAACAAAAGAAGGUCACUUGUGAUGGAGAAGGCUUCUAUGAGGUCACAGAAGUCAAUCCUAAAGACUCCUGCUGCCCUCUUUUCACUUGCAAAUGCAAUACAAGCUUGUGCACAGCUAAAGCCCCCAAGUGCUCACUGGGAUUCGAAGUUCAUUCUUAUAUUCCCAGUGGUCAGUGCUGUCCUGUAUACCAAUGUGUUCCCAAGGGAGUUUGCGUACAUGAGAAUGCUGAGUUCUUGCCCAACUCCUCAGUGUUUGUUGACAAGUGUCAGAAUUGUCUCUGCACAAAUGAUGUGAACGUUAGCACUCAACUGAAUAUCAUCUCCUGUGAACGUGUCCCCUGCAACACGUACUGUCAACCAGGAUAUGAAAUUAAACCAGUGAAAGGUGAAUGCUGUGGAAAAUGUGUGCAGACCAAGUGUAUUAUACAUACAGCAGACAAUUCUGAACUCAUCUUGAGUCCUGGAGACUUUAAAAAUGAUCCUCGCAACAACUGCACCAUUUACAGCUGUGUAGAUGUCCACAACCAGCUUAUCGCUUCCACCUCUGAGAUUACCUGUCCAGCAUUCAAUGAGGAGAGCUGUAAACCUGGAACUAUUUCAUUCUUACCUAACGGUUGUUGCAGAACCUGCGCCCCUCUGGACAGCCGCACACCAUGCUCUGUGCGCCACAGAAAAGACUUUAUCGUCUACAAUGGCUGCCGCUCUGUGGACAGAGUUGACUUGACUGAAUGUGAAGGAACAUGUGGAACCUUCUCGCUAUACUCUGCUGAGGCCAAUUCUAUGGACCACAGCUGCUCCUGCUGCAGAGAAACAAGGACCACUGAGAAGCAUGUGGUUCUGAAAUGCCCCGGUGGGCAGUCACUGGCACACAAGUACAUCUAUGUGGAGAGCUGCAGCUGUCAGGACACUGAAUGCAGCAGGCCACAGUCCAAUGAGCUGCAGAACAAUAAAAAAAAUGACCAGGCGAGCACUCUGAACCGGAUGAAGAGAGCCAUCAGCUUAACAUCAAAAUGAAGUCAAAAACCCUGGCAUCAUUAACUGAAAGGACUGUGAACCAUUCUUAACUUACUUGACUACUUUUGAACUUUACUUUUCCCAGCAACUGCAUCCUGUUUGUUCUGUAAUUAAUUUGAACAGUGCCCUAUUUAUUUGUGCACAAAAUAAGAACACAAAUUUGUAUUCUUACAAGUGCACACCCUCUUGGGUCCUUUUCAAAUCUGCUUAUUUUCCU